AUGAGUGUCACUCUUUCUUCUACUGAAAAUGACACAACCGAUACUAACAGUGUUGUUGAACUGAACUUAUUCAAAACAACUGGAGGAAUUAAACAAAAUAGAAAAAGGCGAGAGACAUGGACUGACGAAGAAAGGUCUAAAUUUGAAGAGGCUUUUAAUAAAUAUGGAAGGGAUUAUGCCAAAAUAUCUGCUUUUAUUGGUUCAAAAACCAUUUAUCAAGUCCGUAGUCAUGCACAAAAAUUCUUCAAAAAGAAAGGAAUGACACUAAAAAUGGCAGGAGAAAGAACAAACCAUCCUUUUGUUAAUGUUUCAAAUGAAGAGUACAACCAAAAAAAGAAUGAGGUUAUUAACAAAAUCAAUCAUAUUUUAUCUCAAACAUAUUCUCAGUACGAAUUUACAAAACAAAUUGAGAUGAAUUCUUAUAUUAACACAUUACAACGGUGUUUUGGACAAAACAAGAAUCACUCUUUCCUUGUAGUUUCAAAGAGUAAUGCCUCACGAACAAAACAACCACCAUCUAAAGAAAAAACUUCACUCAAUCCAUUUUUCAAUCAAGCAUUGAUUUGA